CGCGCGCUCACGUCGAGAGUGAGUGACAGCUGGUCGCGGGCGCGCUGCCGGUGUCAACGACGGAAACCGCUUUUGGAGCAGGAAGCCUCGGCCACUGGGAUGAGGAGAGAGUUCUGAAUAUCCGCUUGGAGCAGGACGGUGGGGAAAAGGAGCCAAGACAUACUCGCAAGGGAGAAUAAACAGGUGAAAAGUCAUGGAGCAGCAGAGGCAGAGAGCUCUCUCCACGUCAGGAGAGUCGCUGUACGUCGUGCUGGGAGUGGACAAGAACGCCACCACAGAGGACAUCAAGAAAUGUUACAGGAAACUGGCGUUAAAGUUUCACCCAGAUAAGAAUCCCGACAAUCCGGAGGCUGCGGAGAAGUUCAAGGAGAUCAACAAUGCUCACUCCAUCCUGAGCGACGGCACCAAGAAGAACAUCUACGACAAGUACGGUUCUCUGGGUCUCUACGUGGCCGAGCAGUUUGGAGAGGAGAACGUCAACACCUACUUUGUUCUGUCCAGCUGGUGGGCCAAGGCCUUGUUUGUCUUCUGCUGCUUGUCCACUGGUUGUUACUUCUGCUGCUGCCUGUGCUGCUGCUGCAACUGCUGCUGUGGCAAAUGUAAACCUCGGCCCCCCAUGGACCAGGAGCCCGAGUUCUACGUGUCCCCCGAGGACCUGGAGGCCCAGAUGACGGCCGACGAAAGAGAUGGCAUCAAUGACCCCAUCGUGGUGCAGCCGUCCUACGCCACAGAAACCACACAGCUCACUGCCGACGCCCACCACAGCUACAGAACGGACGCAUACUAGACACACACACACACACACACACACACACACACACACACACACACACACACACUGCUGAGCUGGUGUGAAGUCACAGGGGAGGGGGGAAUUCUGUCCAGCUUGACCAGAGGAGAGAGGCGGGGCCACUCUGGACUCAGCACCUGCCAGUCAUAGCACAAGACGCAACAGCACACACACACACACACACACACACACACACACACACACACACAGCAAUCUCA